GCUGCUCCCCUUAGUGGAAAAUAUCAGAAAGACCCGGCACAUUUCUUAAACACAUCAACAUUACCAGCCUUGUUCAAUUUUUGGCUAUUAAAUACGCCAAGGACUCGUUUUCGAUGGUCGGUCAGUAACUGACAAAAUGUGGACUUUUGUCAUGUUAUUAUAACGUUUACACAGGUACAGCGCUAGCUGGUUAGCUGGUUGUAAGCAGCAGUCUGGCGGCGUUAUUGGGACUGCGAGCUGCUUCAUCGUUUCCUCGUUGACGUUAUCGGGAACAAAUCCAGGCGUUUGGUGUGUGGAUGCGCCUGUUUUGGGAUUUUAGUGAACAUGGAGCUUUUUCAAGCUAAAGAUCAUUAUAUUCUCCAGAGCGGAGAUUACGCGCUGUGGUGCAGCAGGAAAGAUGGAUCUCUGAGCGUGAAACCGGCAACCGAUCUGCUGCUCGCCUGGAACCCUGUCUGUUUGGGCCUUGUGGAGGGAGUUAUUGGAAAAAUACAGCUUCAUGCCGAUCUUCCUCUGGGGCUGAUUCUGAUUCGCCAGAAAGCGCUGGUGGGCCUGUUGCCAGGAGACCACAAAGUGUACAAGAUCACCAAGAUAGUAGUCGUUCCACUCUCAGAGGACGAACCUCAGGAUCUGGAAUUAGAGCUUUGUAAAAAGCACCAUUUUGGAAUCAACAAGCCAGAGAAAAUCACCCAAUCACCGGAUGAGUCAAAGUUCCUGCUGAAGACACUGAAUCAGAUCAAAUCUAAUGUUGCUGUUCCCAUGAAGAAAAAGGUCAAAGAGAACAAAGAGAAAGAACGUCUGGAGAAGCGGCUGCUUGAUGAGCUCUACAAGAUAUUCAUGGACUCCGAUUCGUUCUACUAUAGUCUGACCUAUGACCUUACCAAUACAGUUCAGCGACAGGGAGCGUUAGGCAAGUCAGAUCAACCCCUUUGGAAAAAGGUAGAUGAUAAAUUCUUCUGGAACAAACACAUGGUCAAAGACCUCAUCGACUUGCCGGUUCCUGGGGUGGACCAAUGGGUGAUUCCCAUCAUCCAAGGCUUUGUGCAGGUAGAGGAGCUUGUUGUGAACUACAACGAGACCCCUGAUGAAGAGAAGAGCAGCCCAGAUACGCCUCCGGACGAACCCACUUGUGUGGAUGACAUUCAUCCGCGCUUUACCGUGGCCCUCAUCUCCAGACGAAGCCGCCACCGUGCAGGAAUGCGGUACAAGAGGAGGGGAGUGGACACAGAUGGACAUGUGGCCAAUUAUGUGGAGACAGAGCAGCUAAUCCAUGUGCAUAGUCACACACUGUCCUUUGUACAGAUACGAGGCUCAGUUCCUGUAUUCUGGAGCCAAGCUGGAUAUCGCUACAACCCUAGACCGAGGAUAGAGAAAGGCGAGAAGGAAACCAUGCCUUAUUUUGCUGCUCAUUUUGAACAGCAAGUUGAAAUUUACAAAAAAAUGGUUAUCAUUAACUUAGUCGACCAAAAUGGCAGAGAGAAGAUGAUUGGAGAUGCGUUUCUCAAACAAGUGCUUCUGUACAACAAUCCCAACUUAACAUACGUUUCAUUUGAUUUCCACGAGCACUGUCGAGGGAUGAAAUUUGAGAAUGUGCAGACUCUCACAGAUGCCAUCUGUGACAUCAUCACGGACAUGAGAUGGGCAUGGGUGGACCAAGCGGGAGUCAUCUGCCAGCAGGAGGGCAUCUUCCGUGUUAACUGCAUGGAUUGUCUGGACAGAACUAAUGUGGUACAGGCUGCAAUCGCCCGUGUAGUCAUGGAACAGCAGCUGAAAAAACUUGGUGUAAUGCCACCCGAGCAGCCACUACCCCUCAAGUGUUACAGGAUCUAUCAGAUGAUGUGGGCCAACAAUGGAGACACAAUCAGCCGUCAAUACGCUGGCACAGCAGCCCUGAAGGGAGAUUUCACACGGACAGGAGAGCGAAAGUUAGCAGGCGUGAUGAAGGAUGGUGUGAACUCCGCUAAUCGUUAUUAUCUGAACCGAUUCAGAGACGCCUACCGGCAGGCCGUCAUUGACCUCAUGAUGGGCCAUCCAGUAACAGAAGACCUAUAUUCCAUCUUCAGUAAAGAAAAGGAGCAUGAGGAGAAAGAGAAGGAGAGUCAAAGAGGAGCUCAGGAGCAGGUCAGCCUUUUGCUGCAGACGUACAUGCAGCUGCUGUUGCCUGAAGAUGAGAAGUUUCAUGGUGGUUGGGCCCUGAUCGACUGUGAUCCAAGUCUCAUAGAUGCCACGCAUAAAGACGUUGACGUUCUUCUGUUGCUGUCCAACUGUGCAUAUUAUGUAGCCUACUAUGAUGAGGAAGCAGACAAAGUCAACCAAUACCAGAGACUCGGUUUGGAAGGUCUUGAAAAGAUUGAAAUAGGUCCAGAACCUACUCUGUUUGGAAAACCUAAAUACUGCUGCAUGCGGCUACACUAUAAGCAUGGGGAGAUAAGCGGUUACUUCCACACAUUGAGAGCUGUCACACGCAAUCCAGAGGAUGAUGGGAAAGACACACUCCAGUGCAUCGCUGAAAUGCUUCGUAUUACAAAGCAAGCUAUGGAGCUCGAUGUCCCGGUGGUUGAAAAGAAACUAGAAAGGAAACACAGUAAACCACAUGAAGAUAUAAUGGGAAUACAAGGCAAAGCCGUGGAUCAAGUCCUCGGGUCUGGUUUGGCCCAAGGCAAAAGUUUCCUCAUGAACAAGUUCUCAACACUAAACCAGAAAGUAAAGCAGACAAAGACUAAUGUCAACAUUGGAAACUUCAAGCGACUAGGGACCUUUUCAAAGCCAGAGGUCAAAGUGAACUUCCUGAAGCCCAACAUGCACGUGAACCUCUGGAAAUCAGACAGCAGUUUGGACACUUCUGAUGGUAAUGCUGGUUCAGCAACCUUGAAAGACCGUAAUGAUGAACAUUCAGAAGAGAUUUCUUCCGAUUCUGAUUCAUAUCACUCAGACGAGCAGCCAUGCACCACCGGCUCUCGGGAGAACGUAGACUACGUGCUCCCGAGCUGUGGUAUCGUAGCAUCGGUGCCACGACUUGCCAGUCGUUCCCAGUCUAUCAGCAGUGUUGAGAUUCCGGUACCCUCCAUCAUUCGAGUCACAGGCUGCGAUAACAAAACCACAGAUAGUUUAAUGGUCUGCCAGGAUGACCAGUCUCCAGGGGCGGCCUCAGAAGCAGAAGAGGCCAUUCUGAUCGAUUUUGGGACACCCAUUGAUGCGUACUGCCACCAGUUUGUCCAGGAUGCCACGACCAAACCAAUAGAGGUGUUUGAGGAAGUGCCCCCAGCACCCAAACCACAAGCACCUCAAGGAACCAAAGCCCCCUCAGAUGCAAAGCUUGGUUCUUCACUUUCACAACAACAACUCAAUCGCCCUUCACAGCUUGAAGUGGAUCCUACAGUUUCUGGAGGAAAUCUUCUGACAGUCCAACCCUCUGCCACCUCAUGCGGGUCACAAAAGAGCAUUGAAGGCAUUAUUGGAGCCUCCCCGGCGGAUGCCAACGGAAGUCGUGUCGUGUCGCCCUUUGCUAAGAUCAGGAGCUCUAUGGUUCAGGUUGCUAGUUUCACCCAAGCCGGACUUACACAAGGCAUCAAUUUUGCUGUAGCGAAAGUACAAAAAAGCCCAGAGCCGGAGGCUGUCAAUGAAACUCAAGAAAAUGAAUUGAAAGCAAUGUUUACACAGUGCCAGACCAGAAUCAUUCAGAUAUGAUGUGGAUAUGCACUUUCCACCCAGAUGUAUUUUAUUAGUGUUAAAAUUAGACUUCUUGGCUUGAUUUCACAGACAAGGCUUAGCUAAAGCCAGGACUAGGCCUUAUAAACAUGCAUUAGAAAAAGUGUGUACUUGAGGCAUAUUUUAAGAUCUGUCAGUGCGAGUUAUUUUUUAAACACGCGUCUUAGUCCAGGACUAGCCUUGAGGCUUGUCUGUGAAACCAUGGGCUAGUAAAAUAACUCACCAGUUUAACUAAUACCACAUUCCUGAUCUCCCCCACAGUUUAACCAAACCAAAGUUUACAGCCAGUGUUUAGAAUGUAGUACAAGCUUAACCUAACUGACUCAGAACCCUAAGCAUCUAUAUAGCGCUGGUUUGCAUGAUAAGAAAUAGAUCACUUCAAGAUAGAUGAAGACAGGCAAGUUUUAUUGCAUGUCAAGACCGAAGACCUACAUUUGUCAUGUGACCCACUUUGAAUUCUUUGGCUGCUGAAGCUUAGACUUUUUUAAAUAAUAAACAGUGGGCAGCUUAAUAUUACGCAUUAGAAAAGUGAACAGAAAGUUACAGUCCUUAUAUUUGAUGUGGUGUUUGUUCGAUCCAAAAUAGUUGUAGGAUCUAUGGUCAAAUUAUAUUCAAAAUGUAAGUAUUAUAUAUGUAAGUACUGUAGCAGAUAUGUGAGAACUGUCAAAUUAAGAUGUUUAUAGACAGAGAAUUAUAUUUACAUGCUCUUAAGUUUAUAAUCAUGGGUUAUGGGAAGAGGCAACGCUCGGGUUCUUGGGCUCAUAAUGCACUCAUGCAACAUAAAAAGUGAACUUAAGCUUUUUUAGCAUUGGUCUAAAACGUAUUUAUUUGUUUGAGAUUAUACAAAAGCUCAUGUCUUAAUCUUAUUCUUCAAUUGUACGCGGUAGAAUAACAUCACAGUUGCUGUAUUAAAAUGCUGAGUAAAAACUGUAUGCAGGCAGAAUUUUACUGCUUAAACCUGAAUAAUACGGUGCGGUGUUCGAACAUACUGUAGAUUACAAACCAUCUAGCCAGUUUUAGGGUUUUUAUAUGCAUGACCGUUUUGACAAAGUUCUUAUGUUUCCUUGUCUAGCAAACCUCAUAUGCAAGCCUUACCAGAAUAUUAAAGUCUAUUUUUGUUAUUUAUAUUUUAAUUCAGGUUAUUUUAAAGUUUUGUCUGCGGUGUAAAUAAUAUGCAUCUUUACCAUGUCUUUACAGAGAAAUUAUACAGAUUAGAUCAUGAUUUGAUUCUGCCUUAACAUUAUUAUAUGGGGGGUUAAUUGAUGCUUGUGCAUUAAAGUCACAAAUUCCAAAACUUUCUGGACACAUAUGAUGGGCUGAGCAAUGACACCAUGAUAUCUUGUUUAAACCAGAAAUAUCAAUGAGAAGAUCAAAUUGGCUUCUAUGGUUUCUUCUGUAGGGCACAGUAAUGCUUUUUAAACAUCUCUUAAAUUUACUUUUACCUCACAUGCAGCAUAGUUUGGCUUUGUACUCGAACAAGGCAUUAGGUUCCACUAUGCUCUUGAAACGCAUACACGUUCAGACAUUCCUGAAGCUGGUACGUCAUUUUAAUAAACUGAGAUUGGACUAAGCUUUAAUAUAUGGUGGCUGCAGUAGUGAUAAAUAAAUGUGUAGUAGGUUUUGAUGGGAACUGACGUUUAUUAUUAUUUUAUACUUAAGACGGCAUGCACUGAACUGCACACUGUUCUUUGCUUUGAACUUGAACAUUGCUCUGAAUAUUCUCGGUUUUGCAGUACUUCAUGACAUUCCUGUUGUUUUGGGUGUGGGUAUUGUUUUUGGUUAUAUAUUGUUAAUUUCUAUGCAUAAAGAGUUGCACUGUUUUGUGGUUGUUCCUCGAGCAUUUUAAUGUCAUUUGUCACAAAGUGCUUUUGUAUCCACCUUGUAUUUUCAAUGUUUGUAACUUAACUGACAUGUCAUUAUUUCGUCUGAUUUUUGUUUUUAAACGUGUCCAUGAUGUUCACAUUACAUACAUUUCCAUCAUCUUCCAUGUUGUGCAUUGUUUCCAGCCAUUGAACUUGUUUAUUGCAAAGUAGAGUAUUUAUUAAAAAACAAUUGACAAACCCA